AUGUCGAACAGCCGAGGAGACUGUCUGAACUACACCAUACAAACAUGGGUUAAGAGCAUGUCUUCCAUCAGUGCGUCCGAUUUUUACACAUCACCAAGCACGGCUAUAGCAGUGCAGGCAGCGUAUCAGGCGCCCUACACGCUGGUGUGGAAACGAUGUACACAAGGAACAUAUGGUCCCGACUGCGCGAAGUCCUGUGGAGCGUGUGCAGAUGGAAAGUACGCUUGUAACACUACAUCCGGGCACUGUUCAGGUCAACCCAGAUGCAAGGCGGGAUAUUCUGGUCUGAUGUGUGAAGAAGUUUGUGAUAACGGAACUUGGGGAGCAGACUGUCCUUAUCAGUGUGGCAGUUGUUUUAACGGUGCUGUUUGCGACUCGAGAAAUGGGUAUUGCCCUAUAUCCCGAGACCAUCCCCAGUGCUCGGCUGGAUUUAGUGGCCCCAGAUGCGUUACAACUUGUAGCAACGGUAAGUACGGACCGGACUGUUUGGAGGAUUGUGGAUCCUGUGCUGAAGGACAUGGCGUUUGUGACACCAUAUUUGGUCUCUGUCCGGACAGAUCAGACCAGCCAAGAUGCAUGCCGGGAUAUUUCCAAGAAAAAUGUGAUGCAGAAUGUCAAAAUGGUACCUACGGCGAGGACUGUCUAAAAUCGUGCGGUAACUGCUAUAACGGGACUAUGUGUAACAAGAGGUCAGGAGAAUGCCCCUUUGUUGGGGGGAAUCCCCGCUGCUCGGCUGGAUACUUAUACACAGACAUCACGUGCCAUACACCGUGCGAGACAGGAUUAUGGGGAGACAACUGCUCCCGGCAAUGUAGCACUGGUUGUGGAACUGAAGGAUGUGACAUUACUACUGGAAUGUGUCAGAAAGGAUGCCGCGACGGCUUUGUGGGCGAUGGCUGCGAAGAAGCUUCACAUCGGAAUAAAAUGACCGGUGGUAUAGCUGGUGGUAUUGUCGGUGUCCUCGUACUUUGUCUUGUUGUUGUAGCGAUCAUCCUUUUCAGGAGGCGUCGCCCAUCUUCAAAGGAUACCAAGCUCUGUGAAUCCCCAUCUGUGAGGAAAAAUGGACAAGACAUCCAGCUGGUAGUGGAGGAACAACAAAGCAAUACAGGGCAUGAAGCAGAAGAAAUGGUGGUUUAUGUAAAUCAAGGGCAGCCAGAGGCAACCUACGAGAAUCAAUUGUCCACGUCAGUUCCGGUAGAGGAAUUCUGGCAACAUGUCCAAAACAAAAUGGCAUCCGAUGGAUUCAAGACCGACUUUGCGAAAUUUCCCGUUGGACUCCAUGCCAAGCACGAAGUGGCGGACCUACCAUACAACAAGCUGAAAAGUCGCUACAAGGAUCUUGUCGCCUAUGACCACUCCCGUGUUGUUUUAGAACAUCGGGGGACCAGUGACAAAUCAGAUUACAUAAACGCCUCUUACAUCGACGGAUACAAGAAACCAAAGAAUACAUCGCCUCCCAAGGGCCUACUGAUCUCAUUAUAAGACUUCAUGCGCAUGAUCUGGGAGCAGGAUGUUGGGACAGUUGUCAUGGUGACUAAUUUGACCGAAGAAACAAAAAAAAAGUGUAACCAGUACUGGCCUAAUGAAGGUUCCGUACAAAUUGGUGUCAUUGAGGUGGCCAUCGUUGACAAGGAGGUUUAUGCGAACUACACAAUCAGAACACUGGUGCUGACUCACACUAAGAUGGAUAAUAAAACAAAGAUGCUUAAGCAGUUCCACUUCACGGCCUGGCCAGACCAUGGCGCUCCGUCCGACGCCACCGAGCUUCUAGACUUCCGGGACAAAGUUCUGGAGUACAGAUCAGCUUUACCUGGACCGAUUGUUGUCCAUUGCAGUGCUGGAAUCGGACGUACCGGGACGUUCAUAGCUCUGGACUACCUGAUCAACCAGGCUAAGGAGGAAGGCGUUGUCGAUGUGCUGUCCUGUGUGAUGGCUUUAAGACAACAGCGGGUCAACAUGGUGCAGACACAGGAACAGUACGAGUUUCUACACAAAGCUCUGGGGGAAGCCUUGAAACUGAGCGACAGUUCUAUUCCCGCCGUGAACUUUGCCACUGUGUACUCUGACCUUUGCACUGUCGACCCCAUAACUGGACAAUCCAAAAUGGCCGAACAGUUUGAGAUUCUCCAAGAACUUUCGCAGUCCGUAGACAAGAUAAAAGUGGAAGCAGCCAGACACCCGGACAACAUUAGUAAGAAUAGAUACUCCCAGUUUUUAGCAGUGGAUAGCUGCAGACCGUAUUUGUCAACGCCCGUGUCCGGAUGUAAUGACUAUAUCAACGCCGUAUUUCUUCCGGGAUAUAAAAGAAAGAGGGGUUUUAUUCUAACCCAGACGCCUCUACCGAACACGGUCGUCGACUUUUGGCGCCUGGUUCAGGAUCACGACGUCAGAACCAUCAUCAUGUUAGACCACGAGAGUACAGGGGAUAAGAAUGUAGGAGUAUAUUGGACUGACACAGUUGACACAUUUGGCCCGUUUGAGGUGGAAGUGACAGAUGUGGAGCAAACAGAGGAAUUUUCCACCUGGACCUAUGAGCUCAAGUACAAAAACAAGAAAGCUUCUCAGCUCAUCAAGCAUUUUCGCUGCCCAUUUUGGCCGAAUAAACCAACACCGAAGACUGUUCCAGCGCUGCUGACUGUCCUUGAGAACGCUGGCAUCUGGCAAGGUCAAACUGGUGGAGGGCCUGUACUAGCUCAUUGCAGGGAUGGCGUGACAAAAAGUGGGUUAUUCUGCGUGACUUGGUCUGUGCUAGAGAGACUGAAGGUUGACCAGAACGUCAAUAUCUUGCAGACUGUCAAACAGAUGAGGAACAACAGACCGGAGAUUAUUACAGAUCUGGACCAGCUUAACUUCAUCCACCAAGUCGUCAUGGGUCAUCUCGAAAUGUUCCAAACUUACGCCAACUUCAGCUAA